AUGGGUUUGAUCUCGCAGUCGGUUCGACUGUCCAGUGGUGUUGCGAUGACAGAUAUGUUCGAAACAACCUCAGAAUCAGCGUUUAGCGUUUUCCCGGAUUCAUACAUGAAGAAACCUGUUUACAGCACAGAUUCAAGAUAUCACUCAGGUUCACAUGCAUUUGUGCCUCAAACGCAACAAACAAUCGAUGACUUCAAACGAAUGUGUCAGAACUAUUAUAAAGACGGGAUGAUGGACGGUAAUAUCUAUCCUGAAGUUCGUCGAUGCCCGGAUUCACUGCAUUCGAUCGAAACCGAUUGUGGUUCGGACGUGGUGUGCGAAUUUGAUUCACUGUUACUUCAAACGAGGAUUCUUGGCGACAAAUCGAAGGACGAAUUUCAGUCAUUCAUCGUUCAACGUGACCUCGCCACAACACACUAUAAUAGCUGUGGUGCAGUUGCAUUAGAAUAUCCAGAAUAUAUGAUCAAAGGUCCGACCAGUGUAUCAAGAGCCUACUUGGAAGGUGAUAUGGUAUCGUUCACAUGCUCACAAGACCAUAUAAAUAUGGGUGAUACUGAAUACCAGUGCACUAAAAUGGAAUACGGUCACGAUGCAAAUUCAUUCACGAUGCGUUGGAAUGAAGGCAUACAACCUUGGUGUAGAUCUCGGUAA